CUUCCACAAGUCAUGAAGGUUUUUAAUGAUAAGAAAAUGAAGAACAGAAACACAACUGGCCAAUUCAAGAGGCAAAAAAGUGAAUUCUUUGUUCAACAGGUGUUAAUAAAUCUGGGAGUCAUCUUCUUCCUUACACUAUCCUUAAUUCCAUGUUUCCUAUUAAUCAUUUCCCUUUGGAGACACAAUAAGAAGAUGCUAUUGAAUGCCACAGGAUUCAGAGACCCCAGCACUGAAGCUCAUGUAAAGGCAAUGAAAAUGCUGAUAUCUUUCAUCAUUUUCUUUAUCUUGUAUUUUAUAGGCUAUGCCAUGGAAAUAUCAUCUACUGUGCUAGAAAACAAACUCAUGUUCAUUUGUGGGAUGACAACCUCAGUCAUCUAUCCCUGGGCUCACUCAUGUAUCCUAAUUCUAGGAAACAGCAAACUAAAGCAGGCCUCUUUGCAGGUACUGCAGCAAUUAAAGUGUGAGAGACAAUAA